AUCUAUUACAUUUAUUGAGCAUGGUAUGAAUGGAGAAUCUCUACUAAACCUCCUCCAACAGAAGCUGCUCGCACACCCAGAUUACACACAACUCGCUCACAGACUCAAGAGUGAUGUACAGACUCAUCCCACUAGAGAUGAACAGAGAACCAUUCUCUCUGCACUCAGUAAGUAUGAUAAGGAGAACAAGCUGAUAACGACAGUUCAACAAAGUCUCCUCUCCUUGGGAUACCCCAACAUAUCCACUGCUGCUAGUGAGGCGCUGGUGACUCUGAUAAAGAAAGAUAAGAGCACAGUAUUUGUUCUGCACCAAUUCCUGAACCAGCCCCUGCCUAGUCCGCUCCGCUCCUCCCUGUACACUACACUGCUCAGUGAGGAGGCGGUGGGUGCUGGCUAUAUGGACGCUGUUAGGGACAAACCUUACUCAGCUCAGUCACCUCAGGAGAAUGUCAUCAGAGAAAAAGUGAAAGGUUUUAUCCAAAGCGUUCCCGGCUUUAGUACGUCAAAGUUUCUUCACAGUGAGAAGGGACAUCAGCUAAUGAUCAAAUCAUUAAGUUACUGGCACAUACACGUAGGACGCCCUCUGGCGGAUAUUGACUACAAACUCAUGAUACUGGUAAUAUCUCUGUCAUGGGAAGAGGGGGAUACGACAACUACAGUUACUAAAGUUAUAUCCUUGCUGGCUGGACUCUUUCACCUGCUCCAGACGCUGAAAGCAGCAGACCCGACCACACUAAACAUAGUGCUCCAGUACGUGCAGCUAGCACAACCUGAUCUCAGCGAACACAUCAUGUUGCUGAGACCGGACAUUUCCUCUUCUCAUACCACGCCCACUGCUCAGCUCGUAGCUACUCUUCACGAGAAACUAUUUGUGGGGUACCUCUCCGAAGCAGUGAUCCUGUUCCUCCUGGACCAGUGUGUUAUAGGUAGUGAUGUUUCCUCCUACAACCCUCUCUUCUCCUUUACUGCCACCGUCCUCUGUCUCUGUUCUUCUGCUAUUUCUCAGUGUAACAAUGUCUCCUCCGCUCUCUCUCACAUAGAACAACGUGGUAUUGCGGUCACCACCAAACAAGUCCAACAAUUCAUCCAGAUGCACUACAUAGACUCUCUAGCUACUCAACUGUCCACUAAACCGUCCCGUGUCCACUUUAACCCUAAACCUACCACUCUGGGAGAGGAGGCUCACUCUGAGACUCCUGAUAACAGAAGAUUGUUGAAGGAUAUGGAAGAUUUGAGGAAGAAGCUGGCGGAGGAGAAGAAAGAGAGGAAUGAUAAACAUGUAGCUCACAGGAAUGAGAUGGCGAUACUGCGAGCUGAGAACGAAGAUUUAAAACGACGGUUGAACGCUACAAAAGGACCCGACAUCAUAGCACCAGUAGUAGUAGCAGCACCUUUAGUAGCUGCCGCCUCCCUCCCUGCAGUUACUCCACCAGCUCCACCACCACCAGAGUCUAUACCUGCAUCUGAUCCAGAUCCUAUGGACGAGCCUGAAGAUGAAGACACUGGUGACAUCAGUGGUCCACUGACAGCACCUCUAACUCAAAAGCAAGUACAGAACCUCUGGCUGGACAUUGCCCGGAAUGUCAUGCAGCGAGUUAAGCGGCUAGCCUUCAAGAACCCAACUAGAAAGAAGGAACUAGACACACUGACAUUCUUCCUCAACAAACAAUACGAAGAGGACCGUGCCCGGGCGGAGAUGGAACUGUUUGGAGGUGAAAUGCAAGCGGAGGACUGGGACAACCUGUCGGAGGAGGAGUACUAUGAGAAGAUAUACCAGAUAGACGUGUUUGUGGAGAAGUUGGUGAGGGAGAGGUUGGAGGAAGAAGCUAGUCCUGAUGGUGGGAAGAAGAAGAAGAAAUGGACCAUGUCUACCCCAGCUAGGCGGCGUCUCAUGCGGGACUUUAAGCGUCUCCAGGAGGACCCUCCCACAGGGGUCAGCGCAGUGCCUACUAACAACAAUAUCAUGCUGUGGAACGCCAUCAUAUUCGGUCCCUCAGACACGCCGUUCGAGGAUGGUACGUUUAGACUAACAAUAGAGUUCACGGAGGAGUACCCCAACAAGCCUCCCACCGUCAAGUUUGUCAGCAAAAUGUUCCACCCAAAUGUUUACAGUGAUGGUAGUCUCUGUUUAGACAUCUUACAAAACAGGUGGAGUCCUACCUAUGACGUGUCAGCUAUCCUCACCUCAAUACAGAGUCUGUUAGACGAACCUAACCCUAACAGUCCUGCCAACAGUCUCGCUGCUCAAUUAUACUUAGAAAACAGGAGAGAAUACGAGAAGAAGGUAAUAGCAAUAGUGGAGCAGAGCUGGAUAAACACGGACGGUGAUGCUGAUGACUCAGCCACGGCUGUACGCUCUACUCGCUCAUGAGAACAGUCCCCUCCCCUGAUCUUAGUAUUCUGAGAUACCCUGCCACUCACGUUGGGAAAGUGAUCGCGAGAUAUGAUGUUUUAGUUGUGGAGCUGAGGACAAUAUCUGUUGAGUUCGUUUGGGACUCUCGAAAUUUGUUGUGUUGAUUGAAGUGAACUCAAGGAUGUGAUGGGUGACCAGUACGUAGCGGUAUCUGUUGCUUACUAGUUGAAGAAGUUAAAGUUUAUCUUAUGGUUUUUGUCUUGAACGAGAAGUGGUGGAUGUUUCAUCGUUGCUUCGUGUUUGACGUUGAAUGUUAACUUUCAAAAAGAGUAGAAUUUCUCUGAUUCUUCUUUAAUGCUUGAAAUGCAAUGCUUACUUUUGAUGAGUGAAAGUUGGUUUUGAGAUGCACUCUUUACCUGAUCUUGCUGCUCAGGUUUUAAAUGUUCUUAAUUUCUAUUAUUUUCUAAGAUAAUUAUGUAUUGAUAAUUAUUUCAAUGAUUUGACCCAUUUCAUUUAA